UUUAACGGUUGAAAAUUUACCGUAACAUGGAAAUACGUGUAUAAAGUAAUGAGACCCGUUAGAUAAAAACUCGUUCUUCCCCUUUUGUUACCACCUUUACAAUGGGUUUAUCUGUAUUUGUUAAAAAUAUCUCUAUCCAUAAAUUAUUCAAAUAAUAAUCAUUCAACUUACUGUUAGUUUUGAAUUCACGUUAAAUAGCCGCAUUCCGUUUGUAACAAACAAGAUGACCAGCAAAUUAAUUGACCAGGUAUGCGCAUUUAUUGCACUAUAUUUCUGGUGUGAGAUAUCAAAACUACGGGCACCUUUUGCUUUUGAUAGUUUAAUUAGACCUUUUCUUAUCUUUAAUUAGACUACAUACAACACAUUUUUAAAUAAGAAAUAUCUUUUGCAAUGAACCUGUGCUUUGUAUUUAGUUUAUUCAGAAUGAAAAUACCGAUGUUUGGCGGACUUCACAAAUCCUAUUCGUAUUCCUAUCUACUUACGCAAUCAUCAUUAUUCUCCCUAAGACUUCCAAAAUAUUCAAGCUUGCAAACUGGUUUGUUACAUUCGGGACACAAAACAGAAUUAUUUGGUGAUAAAAAUGAAUCUUGGGUACCCAUAUAUCGUUUCCGUCCCAUAAUUUUUCUCCAGGCGAUCUCACAACUUAAAAUUAUAUUAACUGGCUCAUUAAUUUCUGGCUGUCCAGUAGCUAUAUACAAAUACCUACAUGAUCAAGCUUCUUCCUCAUUAGUUUAUACAUUUCUGGGUUGUGCCGCGUUUUCCCUGUGCAGUCUGAUUAUUUUCAGUUGGCUCAGCAUAAAAAUUGUGGGAGUCGUUAGUAUUAACAGAGAGUCUGGUCUAGUACGCAUCGGACAUUUAACAUUUUGGGGAAGACGUCAAAAUACAAUUUUGAAUUCAGGUCAAAUAGUCCCACCAUCAGAUUUUAACGAAAUACCGGGGGGGAAAAGUUACGUUCGUAUUGGGAUAAUUAAUGCAAAUUCAAAUUCUACAAAACCUUUGGGUAUUGGACGAACUUUUCUUCUAACUACAGUGAGAUCGGAAAUAUUAGACAGAGAAAAAUUCAAGCAGAUUUUCGGAUUUAUAUGA